AUGAUAGAUUAUAAAUUAUUGACAGAGUUUGAAGAACAAAAGACUUAAUUUUUAUAAAGAUUUAUUUAAAAUAAAUAAAAUAAAUAAUAAAGUAAGGAUAGCAAAACAGAGUUGAUAAUGAGGAAAUUAGAAAAAGAGAGAUUAUAAACACCAUUUGUUUGCUAUUAAUUUAGAGUAAAGAAACUCAAAACUUUUGUUAAAAGAACCAGUUACAAUUCAUAUUCAUUUAUUAAUAAUUAAAAGGUAUAAUCUAAAGAUUAAACUCAAUAUGAUAAUAAAAAAAGAAAUAACAGCAGUUAUGAUUUUACUUAACAUAUAAAUUAAGUAGAAUUGAAUGUAUAAAAUAAAGAAGUAGAUACUUUAUUUAGACCAAUGCAAGAUAGAAGACAAAAGACUCCUUUAAAAAUGAAAUUAUAAUAACUCGAAUAUGGGAAAAAUUAUCAAAAAUUAGUUGAUAAAAUAAUUGAGUUGGAUAAGAAUCCUAUCAAUUUUAAAAAGAAUCUAUAUAUCUGA